UCCAGCUCCGCCCAGUGUUGUCUGGCUGGGGCCUCUCUGUCUGUCCAUCUGCCUACAUCCGCCUCCGAGUCAGUUCUACCCCUUGCUGAGAUGGGGCUGCCCUGGCUAGGGCUAUGGCUGAAGCGGCUAGGGAUCUUCUUGCAGGUAGCCGUGGAGGUGGCUGUGGGCAAGGUGCUAAUGAUACUGUUCCCAGAGAGAGUCAAGCAGAACAUCCUGGCCAUGGGCCAAAAGACCGGGAUGGCCAGGAAUCCCCGAUUCUCCCCCGACAACUGGGUCCCAACCUUCUUCAGCAUCCAGUACUUCUGGUUCGUCCUGAAGGUCCGGUGGCAGAGACUCGAGGACCGGGCUGAGUAUGGGGGGCUGGCCCCCAACUGCACGGUGGUCUGCCUCUCGGGACAAGAGUGCAACAUCUGGGAUUUCAUUCAAGGCAAAAGGCCGCUGGUGCUGAAUUUUGGCAGCUGCACCUGACCUUCGUUUCUUCUGAAAUUUGACCAAUUCAAGAGACUCGUAGACGACUUUGCCUCCACGGCAGACUUCCUCAUCAUCUACAUCGAAGAAGCUCAUGCGACAGAUGGCUGGGCUUUUAAGAACAACGUGGACAUCAGUCAGCACCGGAACCUCCAGGACCGCCUGCGGGCCGCACACCGGCUGCUGGACAGGCGUCCCCAGUGCCCUGUGGUGGUGGACACGAUGCAGAACCAGAGCAGCCAACUCUACGCAGCUCUACCCGAGAGGCUCUAUGUCAUCCAGGAGGGCAGGAUCUGCUACAAGGGUAAACCUGGCCCUUGGAACUACAAUCCAGAUGAAGUCCGCGCUGUCCUGGAAAAGCUUUGCCCUUCACCUGGACACAUGGCUCAGCUCUAGAGAACCAACCGGAGGGCUCCCCAAGCUUGGUGCUCCCUCACCCCAGUCCAGAUGUCUUUUAUCUUUGACCUGUGUUCCCAGCUGAAUUACCAGCUCAGAUUUUUCUGAUCUACACAAAUAAAUCCCAGGGAGGCAAUGCAGGUCACGCACCCAGCACAAACUGUUACAACCAGAAAAUAAAGCAAUACUGAGCUGUUAGCAAAGGUGAAUGGGCAGCUCCACACUGCUCCCACAGCAGAGACCAACCCAGUAUGUAACAUCUCCUGCGGGGCGGGCACUCAAGCCCCCUGGGAAGACUUCUGAAGUGUAGUGGCUCUCCUGAUGAUGUCAAGAGCUGUGGUACGGCAUCCUUUGCAUUCAGUCAAUCCAGCUGACCAAAUUUGCCACUCAUGGAAUCAGUCAUUUAAAAUGCUGAACAGUUUUUUUUUUUUUUUUUGAGUACCAAGCACAGAACGCAUUUCUACUUGUUAAUGAGAGAUGAGGAAUUGAAGGCAGAGAAAGUGGGAACCAAAGACCACUUUUCUAGCCAAAAGAUUGAAAUCAGUUGGUAUUGUUAGUGAUAGGUGUUUCCAUAGCAACACAUAUCUAAUUCUACUUCUCUGGUUCUCUGGUGCUGACCUAAAAGCUUUAUAACUUUGACCAAACUGAAUCACAGGCACCAGCAAAAGCUGCCAUUCAAGCCCUGGUGAAACUCUGUUCCACUGACUCACAUGUCUCUUAUUGGUCCUUUGUGUGAGAUGAUGUCGGACUGAUGGGCAACCAUCGGUCCAUCUGUUGUGACUGCUUCUUUUCAUAUUUGCUUAUGAUGGUCACAGCGUAAAGUGCACACCGCUGUGACUUGAUUUUUUUAAAAAUGUCAAUAGAGGCAACAAGAUAACAAUUAAAAUCUGUCAGUCUAUUUCGAGUGGCA